CGAAGACCAAUUAAAAGUCUGUUGAUAUUAGCCUUCAAUAAUAACGAUUGCCAUAUUUCCGAAUACAGUCAUGGAUUUCUUCUUUUUAAAACGUUUUGUUUGCACAUUUCAGAUUUAAAACGUGGUAAUCUAAUCGCAUACAUAAAUAAGAAACAAAAUGUCUCACACUAAAAGAGCAUGGAAGCUACAAGAGUUUGUGGCUCACAGUGCCAAUGUCAAUUGCCUAGCAUUAGGACAGAAAUCUGGGCGAGUUUUGGUGACAGGCGGGGAGGAUCGUAAAGUAAACCUAUGGGCAGUUGGAAAGCCAAAUUGCAUUAUGAGCCUGACAGGUCAUACAACCCCUGUGGAGAGUGUCAGAUUUGGUCCUGAUGAAGAAAUGGUAAUGGCAGGCUCCAUGUCUGGUGCUCUCAAAAUCUGGGAUCUGGAACAAGCUAAAAUUAUAAGGACAUUAACUGGUCACAAAUCAAGUAUCCGUAGUUUAGAUUUCCAUCCAUAUGGUGAUUAUGCAGCCUCUGGGUCAUUAGACUUCAAUAUUAAGUUGUGGGAUAUAAGAAGAAAAGGUUGUAUAUAUAAUUAUAAGGGUCAUACAGAUUGUGUAAAUUGCCUAAGAUUCAGUCCAGAUGGUAAAUUAAUAGCCUCUGGUGGAGCUGAUGGACUAGUGAAGAUCUGGGACCUAACAGCAGGGAAAGUAUUAACGACUCUGAAUUUACACUGUGGUCCAGUUAAUGUUGUAGAGUUCCAUCCUAAAGAAUUAUUACUUGGCACAGGUAGCUCAGAUAAAACAAUAAAAUUUUGGGAUUUAGAAACAUUUAGUAUGGUCUCAUCAACAGAUGGUAACUCUACACCAAUCAGAUCAAUGGCAUUUCAUCCUGACGGAUCCUGUUUGUUUAGUGGUGGUAAAGAUCUGUUGAAAGUUUAUGGCUGGGAGCCAUCAGAGUGUCACGAUUCUAUACCUAUAUCCUGGGGAGAUGUGGCAGAUAUAACACUCACACAGAACCAAUUAAUAGGAGCUUCCUUCUCACAGACCAAUGUCUCAUGUUAUGUUGUAGAUGUACAGAGAGUUCACCCAUUUGGUGGUGUGCCUAACCAGGAAGGACAACAGCAACUUAACAGUAGUCAUAACAGAAAAAGUUUUAUAACAGAAAGACCACCCACACAGUCUUCAAGACAGGCAAGUGUUCCUAAAGAAGAAGCUGAAGAACCAACACAUGAUAAUGAAGAUGAGAAAGAGACAUCUACUGCUGAUAUAAAGAAUCCAGAGGACUACCGAGAAAUCUUCCAACCAAAGUCACGCAUCACAAGGUCACCUACACGAAAAGUGGAACCAUUCCCAGCACCUCCUGAAGAUGUACCCAGUGAACCAGAACCAGUUAAAAAACCACCACCAGCCAGAAAAACUACACCCGAGCCUGAACCUGCUCCAAAACAGCCUGUCAAAAAAACACCUAGUAAGAAAGAAUCGGAGUCCUCUAAACCAGUGCCAAAAGCUGUAUCUAAACAGACAAGACAGAUAAAAUCUCCAAGAGAACCUCCAGAAAACUCAGCCAUAUCUGCUCAAGAUUUUCUACCUAAAUCUGAACAACCUGGAAACAAAAAAUCUACAUUUGUGACAGAUGAAAGUGUAUUACAGACAAUUCAAAAUGGACAUGAUGCAAUGUCUGCUGUCAUGUCUUCAAGGAGUAAAAAUUUACAAAUUGUUAGAGCCAUGUGGACUUCAGGCAACACAAAGACAGCCUUAGACUCAGCAAUAUCAAUGAGAGACCCUUCUGUGAUAGUAGACUUAUUAAAUGUUCUUAAUUUAAAAACGGGAUUAUGGAAUUUAGAUCUGUGUAGCAGUUUAUUACCUCAGGUUAAAGAUCUCCUUAACAGUAAAUAUGAAAGCCAUGCAGAAUCUGCUUGUAAUGCCUUAAAGAUUAUACUUAGAAACUUUGGACCUGUGAUAAAGUCAAAUAUUACAUCAGCGCCAAGUAUAGGUGUUGAUCUAUCAAGAGAAGAAAGAAUACAGAAGUGCAAUGCUUGUUAUAAUUUUUUGUCAGAGAUAAGAAUAACAUUAGAAAAGAAACAAUCAGUAUCUGGCAAAUUAGGAAAUCUUUAUAAGGAAGUGCAAAUCCUGAUGUCAACUAUGGAUUAAAGAAGUGAUUAUGGUAAAUUAUAGUGUAUGAAAGCCAUUGGUGGGGCAGCUCAGUAUUGACCAAUCAUAUUUGACUGUUGGGUAACAGUCUCACAGGUGAUAUGGCAUUGUCAGUUCAUAUGGUUAUCUUCAGCGAUCAUCCAAUCAAAACUGUUGUACCAUUCUAUGAUCACAUGAUCCAUUAAGUGAAGAAUGUGUAUGGCCAGUGAACAAAGAGAACAUUAGAACAAUACAUUUAUCUAUAUUUAUGGUUGUGUGCUUUGUAAUGAAUCAUCUCAUUAAUUUUCUCUUUUAAUUCUAGAUGCUUAUUCCAACAAAUGCUUCAACCUGAUACAUAUUUUCAAUUGACAUAUUUCGAUUAUAGGAGAACUAUUUAAAAGUUUGAUAGCUGGUGAACUCAAAUAGCUCUGACACAUGACACUAACAUGUUUAAAGGAAAUAUGUAUGGAGGUGAAGUGUUUCCAUGAAUCUCUUUCAUUAGUUUUUGCUUACUAGUAUACAUGUAUUUCUAUUGUUAUGAUUUGCAUAUUGAUUGGUGUCCAAAAGGAAUCAUUUGAUUUAGUUUCCAAUACAACACAUUACCCUGAGUGUCUUUUGAAUGGCUUUUGAAUUUUUAAAGACGAGGGGCAUUAGAGGUUUGAAUUUCCUCAAGAAGAAGAUUGAAAAUGUUGGAAUAUGUAUAUUUCUCAUUGGAUAGAUUAUAAUGUGACAGCAUUGCUGUCAAAAGGCACUUAAUUUCUGUAGAAAAGUUAGUGAACUAUUGACAGUUGUAACAGACAUUUAUUAUUUGAACAUUUUACCCUUUGGUAUGUCCUUGCAUGGUGAAAUGCUAUCGUUACAAACCAUUUUUAUGUUUAUUAAAAGCUUUAUACAGACACAAUUAGUGCUAUUUUAUUUUAUGCAAAAAGAUGAUAGAACUCUACUUUUAUACUUCAAUAGGAAAGAAAUAUAUAUUAGCUUUAAGUGCCAACACUUAUAAUAGGAUAGAUUUUAACAACCAAUCAAAUGCCAAACUCUUGCUGAUAUAUAAAGUUGUUACUUUCUAUCUGAUGUGUGUACAGUACACCCUUUUCUAGUCUUUUGAAUACAAAAGGAAAACAACAUGUCUUAGUGUCUUCUUUCUAACAAUUGAUAGCAGACCUAGAAGACAUUGCUUGAUAGUCUCUAACAAAAUAAUGAACCAGAACAUUUGACUUACUGUAGUUUUUUGUAAUCAUUUUUUCAUGUAAAUUUUUGUAGAAAUUGGGUUUCUUUUUGAUUUUCCUGUAGAUUUUUGUUUUGUUUUGAAUUAUAACUGUAAAUCCAAUCCUUUUACAAUUAAACAACUUUCAUUCCAGACAUUGUAUAAAACAUAUCAAGCUUGCUGUACUAUUCAGUUGAUUUCAAACCAUUCAUUUGAAUAUAUUUGUUUUAUUAUUUUGUAACUGUUAAACUAAAUGACUGCUUGACGAAUUGCUAUGCACAGUUAUUUCCCUUUGUGUAUGUUUUUUUUAUGGUCAUGUUUGAUAACAAGAAAACAUGAAUCAAAUUUACAAGUCGAAUUUUGAAAGCAACAAAAUAAUAAACAAAUAUGAAGAACAAAUCUUGUUAAUAGAUGUGAAAUAUUAAGUUAUGCCUUUGAUUUGAUAUUAUAGAGUCAAAGAGGUCAUACAAGGAUGUGAUUUAUUUAUAAUUACUCUUUGUCUAUUUUGAGGGCAAAAUUUCCCUUUGUUUACAAAAUGGUUAAGAAAUCUAGUUUUUGUUUUCUUGUAAUUAAAACUGACCUUUAAAAACACUUCAUGUUAAUUCUAUUCAAACGGUAAAUGUUUAAAUGUGUAUGUGCCAUGUUUAAUUGAUACAAACUUUGUACAAAUUGUUAUAGCAACAUUUAGAUUUUUCCACGAUAUAAAGAUAUAUGUACACAUGGUUGUAUUUGUCACUGUUGUGUAUUAUGUUUUUUUUGAAACACGAAUGUAUAUAUUUUGAAGUAUUUAUUGCAAAGCAAUAUAUAGACAAUUUUAUUAAGUAAAAUGUGCAUGUUAUAGAAAUUUUGGAAAUAAUUUUUAUUUUAUACAGUGCUGUAGAAUCCAAUGUGGAAAUAAGUGCUCAAUGUCUUUCAUUCCACCAGAAUAUACACAACUAGAGAAACCAUAUUUUUACUUACAAUAAUUAUUAACCUAUUACAGACUUUCAACAC